AUGAGGAGGCUAUAUGAUACCGCGGAGCCCAGUUUGGUGGAUGAGGAGCUGCUGCAGAAGGCAGUGGAGGAGCAAGGCCCUCAAGACCAGGCUGGGCGGAUUGCCAAGGAGGAGGGCAUCCAGUAUGAUGAAGUCUGCCAAUUGCGCCUAGACUACAGGAGUAAGACAUUUGACAGAUGUUGAUGUUCUUCAAUCAUCUGCAUACUUUUUGGUGCAGGCAUGUCAUGUCCGUUGUCCACAGAGAGAAGGGCAAUAGUUGCAGUAGAAAUAGAUUUUAUUCCUUACUUUGUCCAUAUUAUUUGACAUUUCUGUCCAUAGACAUCCUGUGGCAGUUCACGUCUCUGACCAAGCUACAACUGGACAAUAACAUCAUUGAGAAGAUUGAAGGACUGGUGCGCCUCACUAAUCUGAAGUGACUAGGUAUGAAAGGCGUCUCUCACAGUCCCUGAAUAUGUUCCACAUACAGUAAAUAUAAUGAAUGUAUGUGUUAAACUGUAUAUAGCUAGAUCAAGAUGACUAUAUUGUUUUUCACUAAAAGACAAGCCCUUCACUGAUACAAGGCAACUAUGGCCUAAUGAUCAAUAUUCUCUUUUCUCUCUUUUCUCUCUCUCUCUCUCUCUCUCUCUCUCUCUCUCUCUCUCUCUCUCUCUCUCUCUCUCUCUCUCUCUCUCCUCUUCUCCUCUAGAUUUGUCCUUCAAUAACAUUGAGGGGAUCGAGGGGUUGGAUUCUCUGGUGAAGCUGGAAGACUUGAGUCUGUACAACAACAGAAUCUCUGUCAUUGAGAACAUGGACACACUCCUAAACCUACACGUUCUCUCUAUUGGGAACAACUUCCUGGCUCAGUUGGAAAAAUUGAGUAACUCUCAAACAUUUAUUGUUUAUGUUUCAAAUUCUGAAUGUAAACUCUCAAAUUGUAUACUGUAGUAUAUUAGUGCCAAAAUAUACAGUACCAGUCAAAAGUUUGGAGACACCUACUCAUUCAAGGGUUUUUCUUUAUUUUUACUAUUUUCUACAUUGUAGAAUAAUAGUGAAUAUAUCAAAACUAUUAAAUAACACAUAUGGAAUCAUGUAGUAACCAAAAAAGUGUUAAACAAAUCUAAAUAUAUUUUAUAUUUGAGAUUCUUCAAAUAGCCAACCUUUGCCUUGAUGACAGCUUUGCAUUCUCUCAACCAGCUUCACCUGGCCAGGUCAUCUGAUGCAGCACUCCAUCACUCUCCUUUUUGGUCAAAUAGCCCUUACACAGCCUGGAGGUGUGUUGGGUCAUUGUCCUGUUGAAAAACAAAUGAUAGUCCCACUAAGUCCAAACCAGAUAGGAUGGCGUAUCGCUGCAGAAUGCUGUGGUAGCCAUGCUGGUUAAGUGUGCCUUGAAUUCUAAAUAAAUCACAGACAGUGUCACCAGCAAAGCACCCCCACACCAUAACCCCUCCUCCUCCAUGCUUUACGGUGGGAACUACACAUGCGGAGAUCAUCCGUUCACACACACCGCGUCUCACAAAGACACGGCGGACACAUUUCCACCAGUCUAAUGUCCAUUGCUCGUGUUUCUUGGCCCAAGCAGGUCUCUUCUUCUUAUUGGUGUCCUUUAGUAGUGGUUUCUUUGCAGCAAUUUGACCAUGAAGGCCUGAUUCACACAGUCCCCUCUGAACAGUUGAUGUUGAGAUGUGUCUGUGACUUGAACUCUGUGAAGCAUUUAUUUGGGCUGCAAUUUCUGAGGCUGGUAACUCUAAUGAUGAACUUAUCCUCUGCAGCAGAGGUUACUCUGGGUCUACCAUUCCUGUGGCAGUUUCAUCAUAGCACUUGAUGUUUUUUGCGACUGCACUUGAAGAAACUUUCAAAGUUCUUGAAAUGUUCCGUAUUGACUGACCUUCAUGUCUUAAAGUAAUGAUGGACUGUCAUUUCUCUUUGCUUAUUUGAGCUGUUCUUGCCAUAAUAUGGACUUGGUCUUUGAUAGAUUAAUUUGUAUUUUAAGAAUAAUGACUAAAGGAUUUCACCCCAAAUACAGUAUAAAUGUGUGAACGGUGUUAGAGUUAUAAUGUAGUGUCAACCCACUAACAGAGGGGGUGGAGUUAGAAACUGCUGAGAAAGCAUUCCAGGGUGAAGGGGACUGAGAAGCUGUUUAAAGGUGGGCGGAGCAAAGUGCCUUUGUGUGUCAAGGGAUAUAAAAGCUGUAUGUAUGUUUUUUGGCGCCAGAGCUCUCCAUGAUUAAAACAUACAGAUCAUUCUUGUUGGUUACGGACCUCAGUUUAAUUCAUGAUUAAACCAGAGCCUUACACUCUCUGGGAAUUAUUCAAAGGAUUAAGUUUGAUUAAUUAGAGAUAGAAAUUCUCGUGACAAAUGGUCCUUCGAGCGGAGCUCAAAAUACGUCUUUAUCGUUCUGAGGACACCGAAAACCGUGCACGGGCGGAUGAUAGCAUCCGUAUAGAAUAGACCUGGCCUUCGACGUUAAGGUUAUAAACAGGCCGGUGAUGAAUCUUAUGAACGAUAAAGACGUUGACGAGAUCUGGAAAAGCAUUUAAAUCCCAACUUCAAGGAGGAGGUCAGUCAUUUUUAUUCAUGGAUUUUGGUGUAAUUAUUUGAACUUGUAUGAGAAUAGUAAUUCUUGUGAAGGGCAGAUAAUAGUUACCAAAAUCUCAUAGGAUAAUUAAAAGGAAGGAAGGAGGGUCCGAAAAUGACUCUAGGUAAAUGGCCAUUACCAAAAUAAACUAGUUAAUAUUGAGAUUGUACGAGAUACAGUCUUUACAAUAUAAACAGGAAGGGAGAUAAUUAUCAGCGUGUGAGAUAGAUACAUUAAACAAGUCAAGAGUCAUAAACAACUGGGGAUUUGCUCUAACUCUGUGUAUUUCAUGAAACUGGAGCAGUUACGACCUCUAGGUUACGGAUAGUGUUAGCAAAAAAUCGUAUAAGGUUGUAUACGUGUGAGACCUAAUGAUCCAUCGAAAUACAUGAUAAUUGUUUCAAGGAAGGGACUAAAAUAGGUCGCGUGAGAAAAAAAAUGGUUGUCCCAUCCCUUUCAUGAAACUGGGGUUUUAAAAAACUCUGGGUUACGGGUUGGAUAAUUUAAAUGGUUAAUUACAAAAGCAGAUCAUAAACAUUGGCUCAAGAGUCGCACCAGAUAAUAAGUCCCAAGGAAAAUAAUUCUGGAUUGAAUUAUUACUAAACGGGGGGAUUUCUUAUUUUUCUACCAUGGGAAAUAAAUAUGAUUAGGUAGAUGCAUGUAAAUUGCGGAACGGAUUUGAAGAAACAGCGAGGGGAGGGGCUAGACACAGCGAUAGUAUGGCUUUUGGAGAGUCAGGAAAGACUAAAUUAGAUAGCUAUAAUAAAUCAGGGAGGCAGAAUAGGGGAGGAGGUAAGAGGAAGUGCUUUAACUGUAACAAGGAGGGUCAUUUGGCCAGAGAGUGUAAGGCCCCGUGUAAAUACUGUAACAAAACAGGUCAUAACCAUCGCGACUGCAGAAAUAAAGGAAAGGGCAGUGUCUGGGAAAUGACAGUCUAUUUUUUGGUUCCACGGGUAAAAUGUUUGAAGAAGUGAUUUGUGUCGAUUAAGAAUUGGCUAAAAACACCACGAAGCGAUUAUUUGAGAGGUACCUAUACAUUUCUAACAACAUAUACGUAUGAACUUUCUCACCCAAACGUAGACGUACGUCAUGGGUGAGAAUAUUUACAUUUGCGGUCAUUUAGCAGACGCUCUUGUCCAGAGCAACUUGCAGGAGCAAUUGGGGUUGGGUGCCUUGCUCGGGGGCACAUCGGCAGAUUUUUCACCUGGUCGGCUCAGUGAUUGGAACCGGCGACCUCUCGGUUGCUGGCACGGUGCUCUUGGUUACUGGGCUACCUGCCGCCCCAUAUGAGUUUAAGGUUGUGCCGUUGUUUGAUUAUGUGAUAAGGUUUAAUGGGUAAUCGGACCAUAACUAAUGUGGUUAUAGAAGUAAUGUAUAAUAUAGUGGAGAGCCAAUAGAGGGUUCCAUUUAACUAUUAUGGUUUAUUGGGCAUUUCAAUGGCAUAAGGUGAAAUCUGUAUGUAUGAGUGAAUUCAACGGCUGGUAUGGGUGGUAACCGGAUACAACUGAGUAUUUGGUUUGGUGAUGUUGAAUGGAAGAUUUGUAGCGUGGUUGGGGUUAAAUAAAAAGACUCACUUAUUCAAUAGGGAAUGGGUGUAGGGAGAGAGAGUUUUUGUGUUGCUGAAUGAGGUGAGAGCUAGUGUGGUUUUCAUUUGGUGACGUCACUUGCUCUAUGAACUGAAAGUAGUUGCUUUGAAAGAAUCGUUGUAGAGUGACUGGCGAUGUAUGUAGAGGGUCCCUGGUUCGAACCCAGGUAGGGACAGUGGGUAAAGCUUUCGCAUUGGGGCUAUGGACCUAGAUUACUACGUGGAUUGAGAAAUGUGAAAAGUUGAACUAAAUCAAAUCAAAUCAAAUUGUAUUGGCCACAUGCGCCGAAUACAACAGGUGCAGACAUUACAGUGAAAUGCUUACUUACAGCCCUUAACCAACAGUGCAUUUAUUUUUUAUAAAAAAGUAGAAUAAAACAAAAAAGUGUUGAGAAAAAAAGAGCAGAAGUAAAAUAAAAUAACAGUAGGGAGGCUAUAUAUACAGGGGGUACCGGUGCAGAGUCAAUGUGCGGGGGCACCGGCUAGUUGAGGUAGUUGAAGUAAUAUGUACAUGUGGGUAGAGUUAAAGUGACUAUGCAUAAAUAAUUAACAGAGUAGCAGCAGCGUAAAAAGAUGGGGUGGGGGGGGGGGGGGGCGGUGCAAAUAGUCCGGGUAGCCAUGAUUAGCUGUUUAGGAGUCUUAUGGCUUGGGGAUAGAAGCUGUUGAGAAGUCUUUUGAACCUAGACUUGGCACUCCGGUACCGCUUGCCGUGCGGUAGCAGAGAGAACAGUCUAUGACUAGGGUGGCUGGAGUCUUUGACAAUUUUGAGGGCCUUCCUCUGACACCGCCUGGUAUAGAGGUCCUGGAUGGCAGGAAGCUAGAUAGGAACUAGAUAGCUUUAGAAGUAUUCUAGAAAGGUCUAUGAAAAUAUGUUACAAGUACGAAUUACAUUAUUUCCUAAGAAGGAAGAUGAUUAGGGCAGGUCCCCGCGCCUCCCCCGUUUUGUAGGAAGGAGCAGGGUAGGAAGGGGAGAGAGACAGUACAUAGUUCAAAUGAUAGGAAAAUAAUUAAAUGUAUGCUCAUCAACGAUAGCAAGUAUUUGUUUUAUUAAUUAGGGCCUAAUCAGAGAGAACAGUUAAAGAAAUUGAAUAGUGAACUGAAAUUGCGAUAGAGCUGUAGAAAUUAUUUCAGUUGAGGACAAAGGAAAAUAAUUUAUGGUUCUAGUUCCCGGGUAAAAUAGUUGUACUUGCUUGACUAGAUCGAGCAGAAGUUUUAAUAGUUGAAUGAAAAGCAUUUCUUUGACGAAGUCUAAUGGUUAUUACUUUAUUGUAUAGGUUGGGUAACACCAGUGGUGUAUGAAAAUAAGUGGUGAAUUCUAAAACAAUAAUUUGGUUUCGUUACGUGAACAAUGGGAUAUCGUUUUUACUGUUAGGAUGAUGGAUUUAAUAAACAUUGGUUAUAAGUAUGAAGUUAUUAAACAAUAGGUUUAUAUUUUAAAAACAUCAAUGCAACAGGUUGCAAUGAUUAAAUUAAUAGAAAGGGGUUAUAGGGUUAUAUUAGAAGGUGUAGUGAACUUAAUGAAACGUGGUAUUAUAUAGUGUCUUCCAGGAUUGAUGGAAGUCUCCUAUAGCAUUAUGUUAAGGGUUUGCCUGGGAUAAAAUAUAAUGUCUUACUUACACGGAGUAUGUGAUUGUAUUGGCUAAUGAAUGAAAUAUGACAUUUACAGGGGCGAAAGGAACAAUAGAAGGGGAGACAGAUUUUCCUAUGGUGUUGGUAAAAUAAUUGAUAAUGGAUCAUUUGAGAUGAGAUCACAUGGAGCAGAUUUAGGGGUUCAAUAAUCAUUGUGAGAUGAGUUAUGAGGAAUUAGAUUGAUACAAACGAUUAUUGAUGAGUUAGGACUGGGGAUAUCUGUAUCAUGUUUUGUGUGUACUUACCAUCUUUAGAUUACUGAUGGUAAUUGAAGGUUGACAAAAUGUAUAACCAGGAGAAAGAGAUUAGCUUAUCUCAUUGGAAUGUUGCCCAGGGCUAGGGGGAGCAGUAGUGAAGUUAGGCAGUAUUUAGGUCGUAAAAGGGAGCUACCAAAUUAAGUGGGGCCUGGCUAUCUUUGAUUGUUGUUUUUCAAUUGGGUUUUUCAAAUAAAAAACAACACACCUAGUAUGAUGUUUAUAAAGGGGGUUGUUAUGUUGAAUUUAGGGGGUUUUCAAAAGUUCAUAGGUGAUGGGUCUUAAAGGAGCACACACAGUGAAUUUUAUGGAGUUUUUCGGUUUUUGACUGAGUUUGGAGUGUGCAUGAUUUCUUGUGGGAGUGAAUGUCAUGAGGACUUGGUGUUUACUAUGCUGUGGGAUGGAAUGGUUUGUUGGGUGAUUUCAAUGGCCUCUGGGCUCUGUUUUGACUUUCUGGUGUUGAUUGGUCAUCCACAAUGGUGGUUCUGGGGGCAUGAGAGGAGGACUUUGGGAUGGUUUAUUUUAUCAAAUUGAGGGUAAUUUAUAGUGCUGUGAAAAGUGUUGUCGUGUAUGAAGAUUAUGACUAGUCUUGAGGGACAAAGAAAAACUGUUUAUCUUAGUGUGAUAUUAAUAAAAGCCUCUAAUCACGGUGCAGCCUAAGCGGACUCUUUGUUGACAGCAAUAACCACCAACAACAGACGCGACACGACAGUGUGAAGAAGAUUAUAAUUUGGUAAUAAUAGGAUUUGAAACAUUAAAAUAACAGAAGAGGGAGAGAGCUUUCCUUGAAUGAAAGAUACCUGUUGCUAGUCAAUUGUACUACUCUUGGAUUACUUUUACAGGAUAGAAGUUAGUUGAGAUGUUAUCAAAUGUUGUCAUUUACAUUUUAUUUUUAUUAUGUUUUAAUAAACAACAAGUUGGUAUUUGAAACUAAAUUAAUGCAAUGAGCUGCAGUAAUCAGAGGAAGGCACAAUGUAAUGCGAAACAGCUAUUGCCUAGUUCAUUGAUUUAGUAAUAAGAUCAGGAAGAUAGUAAUAAUAGGAAGCUGGAUAGGAUAAUUUAAGAUAGGGACUAGCUGUCCAGAAAUAGAUGAAGAAUGAUGAGCUUUUGGGGAAUGAUAGACUGCUGUAAAGCUUGGGUACUCCAUUAUGUACUGCAUACUGGUAAAUUAAGUGAUCUUAUCUAUGGGAAGGCAAUGAAAGCCCAUGGUCAAAUCAUUUGGAACUCUGAGGAGGAAGAACAAUUUAUGAAGAGAAAAAAGUUACUCACUUCCCAAACAGUCUUAGCUUUUCCUACAUAUAACAGGGAUUUUACCCAAAUGGUAGAGAGUAAAGAGGGAUAUAUGACAUUGGUCGUGAUUUAAAGAUGGUGAUGAGGGAGUUUCUUUUUAGUGGGCUAUUAGAUAUAACUGGGUUAAUCACGAACAUAGAGUUUUUUUUAUUAUUUGUUGCUAGGCAGAAGACUUAGGUGACCUAGGGUCGAAGUGCUUGCUCUUACUUCAAUCCAUGGCUGUCUUUUGUCUCUCUUCAAACAUUGUGAAGGGAGCGGCACCAGGGUUGAGCAGAGUUCAGGCUAAAACCUGUCUCUCCUUUGCUAUUUUCUUGAUUGAUUACAGCAUGAAGGGGGGUUUGUGUUAGGUUUGAAAGAUUUAAGUAUGGACCUGUCAUGUCCAACCAUCAGUCUUCAGGUCAAGCCCGGGAGAGCCGGGGUAGAACAGAGUUUGAACUAAACAUGAGUGUUUUUACAAGAUUGAUUGAUUGGAUUACUAUAGAUUCUGAACUGAAUGAAAGUCGAAUUUAGCCGCCAUAAAAGACAAAGGAAGUGGGAGGAGCAAUAAAGAAGCAAGGGACCGUCUCAAAAAUAAAUAAGGGAUGGCAAUUGGAUGAUAAAUUACCAAUAUUACCUACAGUGGGGAAAAAAAGUAUUUAGUCAGCCACCAAUUGUGCAAGUUCUCCCACUUAAAAAGAUGAGAGAGGCCUGUAAUUUUCAUCAUAGGUACACGUCAACUAUGACAGACAAUGACACCCAAAGAACACCAUACCUACUUGUGAAGCAUGGGGGUGGAAACAUCAUGCUUUGGGGCUGUUUUUCUGCAAAGGGACCAGGACGACUGAUCCGUGUAAAGGAAAGAAUGAAUGGGGCCAUGUAUCGUGAGAUUUUGAGUGAAAACCUCCUUCCAUCAGCAAGGGCAUUGAAGAUGAAACGUGGCUGGGUCUUUCAGCAUGACAAUGAUCCCAAACACACCGCCCGGGCAACGAAGGAGUGGCUUCGUAAGAAGCAUUUCAAGGUCCUGGAGUGGCCUAGCCAGUCUCCAGAUCUCAACCCCAUAGAAAAUCUUUGGAGGGAGUUGAAAGUCCGUGUUGCCCAGCGACAGCCCCAAAACAUCACUGCUCUAGAGGAGAUCUGCAUGGAGGAAUGGGCCAAAAUACCAGCAACAGUGUGUGAAAACCUUGUGAAGACUUACAGAAAACGUUUGACCUGUGUCAUUGCCAACAAAGGGUAUAUAACAAAGUAUUGAGAAACUUUUGUUAUUGACCAAAUACUUAUUUUCCACCAUCAUUUGCAAAUAAAUUCAUUAAAAAUCCUACAAUGUGAUUUUCUGGAUUUUUUUUUUUCUCAUUUUGUCUGUCAUAGUUGAUGUGUACCUAUGAUGAAAAUUACAGGCCUCUCUCAUCUUUUUAAGUGGGAGAACUUGCACAAUUGGUGGCUGACUAAAUACUUUUUUCCCCCACUGUAAGUGAUUGUUUAGGUAGGUGGCAAUAUUGACACAUGAGCAGAACCAUGUAUCAAGAGGGGGGAAGAGGCUAGUGGUAGGAUUAAAUAAUAUAUGAAGGAGAGGACAAAAUACUUUUUAAAAAAAACUUUUUUUAGAUACAGUCUAGAAAGAGAAUACUGAUGUGAGCGGCAUCCAGUCCCUAAAGAAGAAAUACUGGAAGCAGGCAUGUUGGGAAGGGCCCUAUCAGGUGAUAUUGGUCACUGCCUUUGCCAUUAGAAUAGCAGAAAGAGCAACCUGGGUCCACGUUACCCACUGCAAAAAGGUAAGAACACAUACAAGCACCACUGAACACACGCAGAGUUAGAGAGAGGAACUGCACAAAUAGGGUCUGGGGAUCACCUCUGUUAACGAAGAUCUCCUACCCCGACCUAUCAUCACUGUAGUGUGUUCUCAGGGUGUGAGUAUGGGGUAAUAUCAAGCAGAAAGACUGAGGACAGGAGAGGGUUGGCAGGUUUUGGGAAUAGGGGUAACUUGAGCUGCAUCAUAGUCUCGGCAAUGGUCUUGAAAUGUCAAGAUCCACCACCAAUUACGCUUUGCCCUUACCAUUGUUAAGAAGCAAAAGAGAAGAGAAGUGACCCGACAUACUGACCGUCAAGGACGAGUGGCCUACAAAAUGGGAGUCAGAGAAGGGCAGACUGUAGGAUUCAAAAUAAGGGUUAGGGACGUAGCCAACGGGUGGGGUACAUGUCAAUAAGCAAUUUGGGAUUAUAAAAUCCCAUUAUAUUCGUGUUCGGCCCCCACGGCGGAUUGUUCCUAGACUCAAGUGUUUAAAUACACUUGGGGACGGGGAUAUGAGACCGGGCGAGACUGAACAUCCAGAUGGGGGGUAAAGAGAAACAAAGACAUCACCAAUUAUCAAUUGGAGAUAGUAGUGAUGUGAUUGACUUAAGUUCAGAAGCACAGGAGAGAAUUCUGAACCUUACAGCCCCUGUAACCGAUGUGUGGUGGGCGUGUGCCAGUAAAGACAGUAUAAGGCAGAGAAUACCAAAAGGGUGGCUAGAUACGUGCGCCCUGGUUCUACUGGUUCAGCUAGUUAGAAUUAGUCACCAGGAACCAAGGAAAGGGUUAAACAGACGUAGGAGGAGUUUUAACAAAAAGGAGAAUAGUCCUAUUUAGAUGGAUGCGAUUGGGAUACCAAGGGGGGGUAUCGGAUGGAUAACAAGCUAUGAAAGAAUUAGGGGAAGGGUUUACAACCACGUUCUUUUGGUGGGUGACAAUAAACAAAAUUGUGGAUUGGAUUAAUUAUAUCUAUUACGACCAACAACGAUUUAUUAGCCAGACUAGGGAUGCAGUAAAAGGGAUCUCUGAACAAUUUUCCGCCAUCUCACUCAUGACUUAGUAAAAGAGGUUGGCUCUAGAUCAGGCAGAAAGGGGCGGUGUCUAUAGAAUGAUAAGCCAUUGUUGCACAUUUUAUCCCUAACAACACCACACCGGAUGGGACAGUCACCAGAGCUCUUGCAGAAUUAACUGCACUAAGUGAAGAAUGAGCUGAGAACUCAGAAGUUAGUACAUCGUGGAUAGGGUGGUUUGAUGAAAUGUUUGGUAAAUGGAAAACCAUAGCAGCCACCAUCUUAGGGCGGUCAGUGUUUGUAUGGGUAUUCUUGUAUUAUGUGGUUGUUGUCUUGUUCCCUGUGUCCGAGGAUUGGUGAGUAAGGCGUUGGUGAAAUGCAGUAUCUCAACAAUGAUGAGAGAUGGACCGACUCCGGACUCUGACCAGGGGAAUGUGAAAAACGAUCCUUCAGGAUUGGUGGAUGACGAGGAUUUUGACCCUGAAAGACCGCAAUUGGAUGAGAUGUUUAUUAGUUCUGACGUAAUCUCUGAGAUGAAUCAUGCUUGUAAAUACAUUUAUCCUGAAUGUGAAAACAUUUAGUCAAAGGGGUGGAUUGAUAGAUUCAUUUGUAUUUUAAGAAUAAUGACUAAAGGAUUUCACCCCAAAUACAGUAUAAAUGUGUGAACGGUGUUAGAGUUAUAAUGUAGUGUCAACCCACUAACAGAGGGGGAGGAGUUAGAAACUGCUGAGAAAGCAUUCCAGGGUGAAGGGGACUGAGAAGCUGUUUAAAGGUGAGCGGAGCAAAGUGUCUUUGUGUGUCAAGGGAUAUAAAAGCUGUAUGUAUGUUUUUUGGCGCCAGAGCUCUCCAUGAUUAAAACAUACAGAUCAUUCUUGUUGGUUGCGGACCUUCGUUUAAUUCAUGAUUAAACCAGAGCCUUACACCAUCUGGGAAUUAUUCAAAGCAUUAAGUUUGAUUAAUUAGAGAUAUAAAUUCUUGUGACAGUCUUUUACCAAAUAAGGCUAUCCCCCCCCCCCCCCCCCCCCACCUUGUCACAACACAACUGAUUGGCUCAAACGUAUUAAGAAGGAAAGAAAUUCAAAAAAAUUACUUUUAAGAAGGCACACCUGUUAAUUGAAAUGCAUUCCAGGUGAAGCUGGUUGAGAGAAUGCCAAGAGUGUGCGAAGCUGUCAUCAAGGCAAAGGGUGGCUAUUUGAAGAAUCUCAAAUAUAAAAUAUAUUUUGAUUUGUUUAACACUUUAUUGGUUACUACAUGAUUCCAUGUGUUAUUUCAUAGUUUUGAUGUCUUCCCUAUUAUUCUACAAUGUAAAAUAUAGUUUAAAAAAAUAAAAACCCUUGAAUGAGUGGGUGUGUCCAAACUUUUGACUGGUAGUGUAUGUUAUUUUCAUGGCAUGGGCUGGUAUUGUAUGUUUGCUGGACACUGUAGGAAUUGCAAUCAACCAGAUCCUCUGAUUCCCAGGUGAUCUACCUCCGAAAGUUCAAGAACCUGCGCACUCUCAACCUAGCUGGAAACCCCAUCUGCAAAGAGGACCACUACAAGAUCUUUGUUGCUGCCUAUCUUCCAGAGUUGGUUUACUUGGACUUCAGACUAUUGGAUGAACAAACAGUGAGUGACGGAAUAGGAAAAUUGCCCCUAGACACUGAUCUUGGGUCAGUCUUGCAAUCCCCCCACUAAUGGUUAAGGUUAGGAUUGGGGGAGGGGAAGCUGAUCCUAGAUCUGUAGCUAUUAUUUAUUUAUUUUAUUUUUUAUUUAACCUUUAUUUAACCAGGUAAGCCAGUUGAGAACAAGUUCUCAUUUACAACUGCGACCUGGCCAAGAUAAAGCAAAGCAGUGCGAUAAAAACAACAACACAGAGUUACAUAUGGAAUAAACAGAACGUACAGUCAAUAACUCAAUAUAAAAUCUAUAUACAGUGUGUGCAAAUGUAGUAAGUUAUGGAGGUAAGGCAAUAAAUAGGCCAUAGUGCAAAAUAAUUACAAUUUAGUAUUAACACUGGAGUGAUAGAUUUGCAGAAGAUUAUGUGCAAAUAGAGAUACUGGGGUGCAAAUGAGCAAAAUAAAUAACAAUGUAAAUAACAAUAUGGGGAUGAGGUUGUUGGGUGGGCUAAUUACAGAUGGGCUGUGUACAGGUGCAGUGAUAGGUAAGCUGCUCUGACAACUGAUGCUCAAAGUUAGUGAGGGAGAUAAGAGUCUCCAGCUUCAGAGAUUUUUGCAGUUCGUUCCAGUCAUUUGCAGCAGAGAACUGGAAGGAAUGGCGGCCAAAGGAGGUGUUGGCUUUGGGAAUUAAAGCAUUAGAAACACAUCCCUGGCGCUAGAGCGACAAGUACAGGAGAACCAAUGGGAUGGCAAGGUUGUAUCCACACCAACAUACCAUAAGUCUUACAAAACACAAGUCUUACAAAAUAAGAGAUUUAUGCCUAGGCUCAGGGACAUUCCUGUCCUGAUGAAUUAAAGCAUGUAUGUAAACGAGAGCAUUACAAAAUGGUUAGUCAUGGAUUACAAACGUUUCCCCUGGGAAUCAGCCAACUGAAUAAGCGCCACACUAAAAGCGGUCGCAAAACUGCUGAACUGCCAUACCUUUACACAUCCCAUCCAUAUUGUAACCACAGAUUUAAAGAAAACUGUUCCAAAGGUCUAUUUUAUAAAUGAUUCUUCAAGCGCUGCACUGGAUAUACCAUUAGCUUGUGUGAAUACAUUAAUACCUUGCUUUUUUCUUACUCUACCAACCAUUCGGGCGGGCAUUGAACAUUAAGUAUCUCCUUAUGUAGCGAGAGCAGGCGUUUGGAAAAUACCAGUAUGCCAUUGAGGAGAUGCGCCACAAUGAGGCCCAAGAGAGAAGGACGAUGGACAUUAGGCAAGAGCAAGAGGACGAGCUCCAGUUGCACAGGGUAACCUACGAAAAACAUACAUUCAGAGCAAAGUAUACAUUCUACAUCCAUGUGUGCGUUGAGCUUGAAAUCAUUGGACAAUUCUGCCACCUACUGUUGUGUGUGUGUGUGUGUGUGUGUGUGUGUGUGUGUGUGUGUGUGUUUUGUGUAAGUGUGCUUCCCUACCUACAGGAUGCCUUUGUGGAGCUCUUGAAUGGCCCAUAUCUGUUUGACAGCAGGUACGCAGAUGAUGCAGAGGCAGCCAAGCUGGCCUACCUCCCCAGAGUGUCUGUACUACUAGAUACAUAUCCUUCUCCAUACUCUGUUCCCUCAGUGUCAGUCUAUUUGGAGCAUGCCUUCUCCCUUCCACAAUUGGCUCUUGAUUUAUUGGAUGGCUAAAAGUAAUAAUAAUAAUAUACAGUGGGGGAAAAAAGUAUUUAGUCAGCCACCAAUUGUGCAUGUUUUCUCACUUAAAAAGAUGAGAGAGGCCUGUAAUUUUCAUCAUAGGUACACGUCAACUAUGACAGACAAAAUGAGAAAAAAAAUUCCAGAAAAUCACAUUGUAGGAUUUUUAAUAAAUUUAUUUGCAAAUUAUGGUGGAAAAUAAGUAUUUGGCCACCUACAAACAAGCAAGAUUUCUGGCUCUCACAGACCUGUAACUUCUUCUUUAAGAGGCUCCUCUGUCCUCCACUCGUUACCUGUAUUAAUGGCACCUGUUUGAACUUGUUAUCAGUAUAAAAGACACCUGUCCACAACCUCAAACAGUCACACUCCAAACUCCACUAUGGCCAAGACCAAAGAGCUGUCAAAGGACAACAGAAACAAAAUUGUAGACCUGCACCAGGCUGGGAAGACUGAAUCUGCAAUAGGUAAGCAGCUUGGUUUGAAGAAAUCAACUGUGGGAGCAAUUAUUAGGAAAUGGAAGACAUACAAGACCACUGAUAAUCUCCCUCAAUCUGGGGCUCCACGCAAGAUCUCACCCCGUGGGGUCAAAAUGAUCACAAGAAUGGUGAGCAAAAAUCCCAUAACCCCGCGGGGGGACCUAGUGAAUGACCUGCAGAGAGCUGGGACCAAAGUAACAAAGCCUACCAUCAGUAACACACUACGCGCCAGGGAUUCAAAUCCUGCAGUGCCAGACGUGUCCCCCUGCUUAAGCCAGUACAUGUCCAGGCCCGUCUGAAGUUUACUAGAGUGCAUUUGGAUGAUCCAGAAGAGGAUUGGGAGAAUGUCAUAUGGUCAGAUGAAACCAAAAUAGAACUUUUUGGUAAAAACUCAACUCGUCGUGUUUGGAGGACAAAGAAUGCUGAGUUGCAUCCAAAGAACACCAUACCUACUGUGAAGCAUGGGGGUGGAAACAUCAUGCUUUGGGGCUGUUUUUCUGCAAAGGGACCAGGACGACUGAUCCGUGUAAAGGAAAGAAUGAAUGGGGCCAUGUAUCGUGAGAUUUUGAGUGAAAACCUCCUUCCAUCAGCAAGGGCAUUGAAGAUGAAACGUGGCUGGGUCUUUCAGCAUGACAAUGAUCCCAAACACACCGCCCAGGCAACGAAGGAGUGGCUUCGUAAGAAGCAUUUCAAGGUCCUGGAGUGGCCUAGCCAGUCUCCAGAUCUCAACCCCAUAGAAAAUCUUUGGAGGGAGUUGAAAGUCUGUGUUGCCCAGCGACAGCCCCAAAACAUCAAUGCUCUAGAGGAGAUCUGCAUGGAGGAAUGGGCCAAAAUACCAGCAACAGUGUCUGAAAACCUUGUGAAGACUUACAGAAAACGUUUGACCUGUGUCAUUGCCAACAAAGGGUAUAUAACAAAGUAUUGAGAAACUUUUGUUAUUGACCAAAUACUUAUUUUCCACCAUAAUUUGCAAAUAAAUUCAUUAAAAAUCCUACAAUGUGAUUAUCUGGAUUUUUUUCCUCAUUUUGUCUGUCAUAGUUGACGUGUACCUAUGAUGAAAAUUAAAGGCCUCUCUCAUCUUUUUAAGUGGGAGAAGUUGCACAAUUGGUGGCUGACUAAAAAAUGUUUCCCCCUCUGUAAUUAUAUAUCUUGUUGUAAGAUAGUGAUUUAACGGAGAGAAAAAACUGGGGGGAAAAUAUUCUACUAUUGCAUCGAAGGCUCCUUCCUUGACUCUGUUCCUACAUACAAGAGCCAGCUGGUGGCGCUGUGUGUGCAGGUGUUUAAGAUUGGCUUGGCACAGCGCGGCCGGAGGGAAGACGAGGUCAAGUCGUUCUUUGACUGUUCCAGAGAAGCCGUGGACGACAACCAGCAGAGAGCAGCACAGAUCACUGCAGACUUCGAGAAAGCCAGGAGACAGGUGAGUCAUGGGACUGUAGCUUUUACGGUCAUGCAAAGAAGGGAUGCCGCUAAUGUCAGAUGUCAAAACGUACAUAUCCGAUUCGCGUCAGGGGAAGAAUUUGAGCAUUUUAGCUAACCCUAACGCUUUUCCUAACCUUAACCUAAUUCUCCUAACCUGCUACGUUAAUUAUCCUAACCUGCUGCGUAAGUUCUCCUAACCUGCUACGAAAAGUUACUUCUGAUAUUAGCGGCAUCCCAUCUAGUCAAAACCGGCUUUCACUUGCACUGACAGUGAAAUGGUCACGUUUGAGAGCUUCAAUUCAGCGCAGACUGACAGAUCUACAAAUCUUAAUGAGUAGACCAAUUGGCAAGUCUAAUUGGAAACUGUUUGAUUUUCCCCCAAUUAAUUACAGCUCUUCCCUGCCCAUGUAACCUUUUUCAUUAUCUAAAAGAUAAUUAAAAAAUCCCAAAUUAGCACUCCUACUCUGAGAUGCUUUAUUAAUAAUAAUAAUAUAUUUAAUUUAUUUAGCGCUUUUCAUUAUACAGAUUAUCUUAAAGAUGCUAAAAAACAAAACAAAAACAAAAGUACAUGUAGUUCUUGGGCUGGACAAUGGUCUUCAACAGAGGCUAAAUAUGAAUAUGGCCCAUGGAAUUCAACUGACUCCUAUCUGCCCCAUCUCUAUGGAGGGAUAUACUGUAAGUGUCAAAAUACAUUUAAUAUGAAUUAUUUUGGAACAAAUAUUACAUAUUUAAUGUAUUUGCACUGAAUAUCUUCUUGGCCACACAUAGAUAAUGUAGGAAAAAUGUAUGCACUCACUAACUGUAAGUCGCUCUGGAUAAGAGCGUCUGCUAAAUUACUAAAAUGUAAAUGUAAAAAUGUCACAGCCAUUUUAUUUAGAAAGUUAGGCCAUUGAGGUUUCUGCAUUAUGAUGCAUUUGCAUUCUAUGGCAGCCAUGUUAGUGCUCCAUUAACAUUACAUGGGGAAUAUAAUAUCUAGAAUGAGCAUUGGGAUGCAUUUACAUAAAACGUUAAAAUUCUAUGGCAGCCAUGUUAGCGCCCCAUUAAUAUUACAUGGGGAAUAUUUAAAUAAUGCUAUGUAACUGAAUGUCUAUAAUAAGAACAAUAUUCAAAAUUCAAAAAAUUGGCCCAACUUUCUAAGUAUAUGGCUCUGGAUAAUGGUAUAACAAACUGCUAUAAUAAAAACACGAUAGCAACAGUUUAACAAAAACGGUGCUAUUUUUAUCGUAUCAAAUCCACUGUACAUAAAUCUUACAAAAAUCAUACAAAUAACAAAAACAUCAUGCAAAUCAUACAUAAAUGUUGUGUAUCUCCACGUUGCCACACACACACAUGUGAUGUUUGAGAUGCAGCAGGCCACAGACACACGUCUCCUGGAGGCCCAGCUGAACCACUGCAGGGAGGAGAUCAACCAGCUCUGUGACAGCCUCAUGACCCAGGAGCUACAGCUGGUCGACCAGCUGGAGGUGUGUGUGUGUGUCUGUGUCUGUCUGUCUGUCUGUCUGUCUGUCUGUCUGUCUGUCUGUCUGUCUGUCUGUCUGUCUGUCUGUCUGUCUGUCUGUCUGUCUGUGUAUUGUUAUGAUCUAAAUUCCUGCCUUUAAAUCUGAACUGUGACUUCCAAGAGGUUAGGAGUAGAGGUUUUCACGGAUCCACCUGUACCCAUACCAGAUACCUGAUCUGGGAUCAGAGCGGGUCCAGAUCCAGAAUUCUAAUUAAUGUCACGGGUCUGGGUCGGAUCUCAUAUGAUUGUCACGAGUCUCAGGUCUGUGUCAUUUUAACUGACUUGUCCAGAAUGACCCGUACAGAGCCGAACGCGACUGCUGCAGUAGAGAGAGAGAAAAAUUGUAUAAUUUAUGCUGCUGCUUUUCAAGGGUGGUGCGUGUAGCUUGUUGUUGUUGUUGAUCAGUCAUAAGUCAUCAAAGCGGCAAUAGGUUACAGUCAUAUAGCCUCUGUGUGUGGCAAAAGUUAGGAGAUAUCUAAUCAAUGGAAUUAAAAUGACGGAAUUAAAAGUUAAAGGAGAAGGAUAGGCUACAAUGACCAAGAGCCAACAGGUAGGCUGCUACUUAAUAUUCUGAAUGGAGUUGUUGUUACGAUGAGAAAGCGCAUGCACUGCUUCCUCAAUUAACUUAAGCUAGCUUAAUUAGCUAGCUUCUCCCGGUUCGAUGCAGUCAAGACAGGUACUACGUAAUCAUAUUGGAUGAUAAAUAACCUAGCUAUUAGCAGCUAUUAGUCUACUAUAGUGCAUGUCGGCUAGUUGGUUGUUUGCUGUCUCUCAUCCCUGUGUCACUCUCUCACAGUACGGACCCUCCACCGCCUGCUAGAGCGGCACCUUUCUCUCCCUCCUCUCACGCUUUAUCUGCUCCGGUUAAUAAAGUAGCUUAAAAAAUGACUUUUCUGCUGCUUCCCUCACUCUGUGUCGAUUGGACCGGGUGUGGAUCUGAACCAGGUCUAUACGGAAUGGGUCUAGUUCUCCUCAGGUCCGUUCGGAAUGGGUCUCUGUAUUUUAAAAAUAAAUGUAUGCAUAUCGGGUCUGGGUGGGAAAGCCCCAGGUUAAUUUCGGAACAGGUCCAACCUUUUUCGGUCCGUGAAGACCUGUAGUUAGGAGUCAUCAUAAAGCAGUACCUGGUAACCUAGGUGACCUCUAGGUGACCUCCCUGAGGCCAAGUGCCAAUGGCUGUAAAUUCAGCCAUCUGGAGUUUCAAAUGAUAGAGACAUCUAAUAUAGAGCUCACUCUGACCCAAGUGGUCUCGAUAACCUUGAUUAAUGUUGUGACCAGGGGCCCAGAACACUUGAAGAACGAACAGAUAAGCAAGAGUAUUUAUGCGUGCCUGCCUGCCUGCCUUUGAGGGGGUUAGCAGAUUGCUACAAACGUCUUAGAGGAAUGUGUCUGUCUCCCCAUAUGCAUAUGUCUGUUUAUUGUUUGUCUAUUAAACCUUUAAAUAUAAAUGUAGAAGUCGUUCUCCUUAUCUUUGGGUACAGCAUUUUCCACACCUUGAGCAAAUAAAUUUUUCCCGACUGUGUGUGUGUGUGUGUGUGUGUGUGUGUGUGUGUGUGUGCGGCUGAUGUAUAUUAUAGUACACGUGCAAGAGUUCCUAUGGAAACUAUCUCAUUCAUAGAGGAAUGUUUGAAGUGGUUAAUUAAUUCAAGUGUAUAGAAUGUUUAGGCACAACAAACCUAUAUGAUAGCUUGUAUAGUCUGUGUGCUGUCAGACACUAGGUCCAGCUGCAAAGAACAGUAGAGUAAAUACAGGCAUUAGAUUAACAUAUUUUUUCUUUUCCGUUUAAUAUCAAAACACACAUUUCGAUUUGAGAUAUGUUAUUCAUAAUAACUAUUCUCCUUUUUUUUCCAUAGGAUAUAAUCAAAUAUUUUGAGAGGAACAUUUCAGACAUGGUUGCCGGACUCAAGGAAUAUAUCCUUUACUACCUCAUGUAUUUCAAUAUAACUGCAAGUUGCAUGUGUAUUAUAAUGGUGUUACAGUGCACUGAUGCAGUUAUAAAAAUCAGGGGUCUGUAUGUAUCAAGCAUCUCAGAGUAAGAGUGCUGAUUUGCUGAUUUAGGAUCAGUUUAGCCUUUUAGAUCGCAAUUAAUAAGAUUACAUGGACAGGGAGGACCUGAUCCUAGAUCAGCACGCCUACUCUGAGACGCUUUAUAUACAGUAUACAGCCCCAGACAAAGUGUCCUUGACACAGACCCACAUUCGCCCAGUGCCGAGACUUAGAGAACCACCACCACGAGAAGCUACUGGAAAUCGCCGUGACAACCCUGGAGCGAGUGGCCAAGAAUGAGCUGGAGGAGGAUAUGCCUGAUGAUGUCCGAAUGGCAGUGUCAGAGUCAGAAAGUCCCUGUGCCUACAGCAAAUCCUAUAGGCCCUGGUAAAAAGUAGUAUACUAAAUAGGGAAUAGGGUGCUAUUUGAGACGCAGCCUAAAUAGUGUUUCCCUACCCCUCUCUCAACCCUGUCUCUUUUCUCCACAAAAAUUGACAAAAAUUGUCAGACUCCAGCAACCCAAGUCAUAGACUCUUCUCUCUGCUACCUCACGGCAAACAGUACCGGAUCUGGGAUCAAAAGGCUCCUGAACAGCUUCUAUCCCCAAGCCAUAAGACUGCUAAAGAGUUAACUAAAUAGCUACCCGGACUAUCUGCAUUGACCCUUUUUGCACUAACUAUUUUUGACUCUAUGCACACACACUGGACUCUACCCACACACUCACACAUACUUACAUUACACUGACACUGACACUCCAACACAUACACACACACACUCACUCACAUAUACGCUGCUGCUACUGUCUAUUAUCUAUCCUGUUGCCUAGUCACUUUACCCCUACCUACACUAUAUAUACAAAAGGAUGUGGACACCCCUUCAAAUUAGUGGAUUCGUCUAUUUCAGCCACACCCAUAGCAGACAGGUGUAUAAAAUCGAGCACACAGCCAUGCAAUCUCCAUAGACAAACACUGGCAGUAGAAUGGCCUUACUGAAGAGCUCAGUGACUUUCAACGUGGCACCGUCAUAGGAAGCCACCUUUCCAACAAGUCAGUUUGUCAAAUUUUUGCCCUGCUAGAGUUUUUCAUGGUUCGGGCUAGGCCACUUCAAUCAAUCAAUCAAUCAAUUUUAUUUUAUAUAGCCCUUCGUACAUCAGCUAAUAUCUCGAAGUGCUGUACAGAAACCCAGCCUAAAACCCCAAACAGCUAGUAAUGCAGGUGUAGAAGCACGGUGGCUAGGAAAAACUCCCUAGAAAGGCCAAAACCUAGGAAGAAACCUAGAGAGGAACCAGGCUAUGAGGGGUGGCCAGUCCUCUUCUGGCUGUGCCGGGUGGAGGUUAUAACAGAACCAUGCCAAGAUGUUCAAAAAUGUUCAUAAGUGACAAGCAUGGUCAAAUAAUAAUCAGGAAUAAAUCUCAGUUGGCUUUUCAUAGCCGAUCAUUAAGAGUUGAAAACAGCAGGUCUGGGACAGGUAGGGGUUCCAUAACCGCAGGCAGAACAGUUGAAACUGGAAUAGCAGCAAGGCCAGGCGGACUGGGGACAGCAAGGAGUCACCACGGCCGGUAGUCCCGACGUAUGGUCCUAGGGCUCAGGUCUCUCAGUUGGCUUUUCAUAGCCGAUCAUUAAGAGUUCCAGUGAAGGGAAAUCUUAACGCUACAGAAUACAAUGACAUUCUAGAGGAUUCUGUGCUUCCAACUUUGUGGCAACAGUUUGGGGAAGGCCCUUUCCUGUUUCAGCAUGACAAUGCCCCGUGCACAAAGCGAGGUCCAUACAGAAAUGGUUUGUUGAGAUCGGUGUGGAAAAACUUGACUGGCCUGCACAGAGCCCUGACCUCAACCCCAUCGAACACCUUUGGGAUGAAUUGGAACACUGACUGCGAGCCAGGCCUAAUCGCCCAAAAUCGGUGCCCGACCUCACUAAUGCUAUUGUGGCAGAAUGGAAGCAAGUCCCCACAGCAGUGUUCCAACAUCUAGUGGAAAGCCUUCCCAGAAGAGUGGAGGCUGUUAUAGCAGCACAGGGGGGACCAACUCCAUAUUAAUGCCCAGGAUUUUGGAAUGAGAUGUUUGACGAGCAGGUGUCCACAUAUCUUGGUCAUGUAGUGUUUAUGUACACCGCAUUCUGAAAGUAUUCAGACACCUUGACUUUUUACACAUUUUGUUACGUUACAGCCUUAUUCUAAAAUUGAUUAAAUAUAUUUUUUGCCUCAUCAAUCUACACACAAUACCCCAUAAUGACAAAGCGAAAACAGGUUUUUAGAAUUAUUUGCAGAUUCAUACAAAAUAAAAAACAGAAAUACCUUAUUUAAAUAAGUAUUCAGACCCUUUGCUAUGAGCCUUGAAAUUGAGCUCAGGUGCAUCCUGUUUCCAUUGAUCAUCCUUGAGAUGUUUCUACAACUUGAUUGGAGUCCACCUGUGGUAAAUUCAAUUGAUUGGAUAUGAUUUGGAAAGGCACACAGCUGUCUAUUUAAGGUCCCACAGUUGACAGUGCAUGUCAGAGCAAAGACCAAGCCAUGAGGUCGAAGGAAUUGUCUGUAGAGGUCCAAGACAGGAUUGUGACGAGGCACAGAUCUGGGGGAAACAGAUUGAAGGUCCCCAAGAACACAGUGGCCUCCAUCAUUCUUAAAUGGAAGAAGUUUGGAACCACCAAGACUCUUCCUAGAGCUGGCCGCCCGGCCAAACUGAGCAAUCGGGGGAGAAAGGCCUUGGUCAGGGAGGUGACUAAGAACCCGAUGGUCACUCUGAAGGACAACCAUUUCUGCAGCACUAAAACAAUCAGGCCUUUAUGGUAGAGUGGUCAGACGGAAGCCACUCCUCAGUAAAAGGCACAUGACAUCCGCUUGUAGUUUGCCAAAAGGCACCUAAAGGACUCUCAAACCAUGAGAAACAAGAUUCCCUGGUUUGAUGAAACCAAGAUUGAACUCUUUGGCCUGAAUGCCAUGCUGGUUAAGUGUGCCUUGAAUUCUAAAUAAAUCACAGACAGUGUCACCAGCAAACCAUCCCCACACCAUAACACCUUCUCCUCCAUGCUUUACGGUGGGAAAUACACAUGCGGAGAUCAUCCGUUCACCCACACCGCGUCUCACAAAGACACGGCGGUUGGAACCAAAAAUCUCAAAUUUGGACUCCAGACCAAAGGAUACAUUUCCACCGGUCUAAUGUCCAUUGCUCGUGUUUCUUGGCCCAAGCAAGUCUCUUCUUCUUAUUGGUGUCCUUUAGUAGUGGUUUCUUUGCAGCAAUUCAACCAUGAAGGCCUGAUUCACACUGUCUCCUCUGAACAGUUGAUGUUGAGAUGUGUCUGUUACUUGAACUCUGUGAAGCAUUUAUUUGGGCUGCAAUUUCUGAGGCUGGUAACUCUAAUGAACUUAUCCUCUGCAGCAGAGGUAACUCUGGGUCUUCCAUUCCUGUGGCGGUCCUCAUGAGAGCCAAUUUCAUCAUAGCGCUUGAUGGUUUUUGCGACUGCACUUGAAGAAACUUUCAAUGUUCUUGAAAUGUUCCGUAUUGACUGACCUUCAUGUCUUAAAGUAAUGAUGGACUGUUGUUUCUCUUUGCUUAUUUGAGCUGUUCUUGCCAUAAUAUGGACUUAGUCUUUUACCAAAUAGGGCUAUCUUCUACCCCCCCUACCUUGUCACAACACAACUGAUUGGCUCAAACGCAUUAACAAAGGCACACUUGUUAAUUGAAAUGCAUUCCAGGUGACUACCUCAUGAAGCUGGUUGAGAGAAUGUCAAGAGUGUGCAAAGCUGCCAUCAAGGCAAAGGGUGGCUAUUUGAAGAAUCUCAAAUAUAAAAUAUAUUUUGAUUUGUUUAACACUUUUUUGUUACUACAUGAUUCCAUAUGUGUUAUUUCACUAUUAUUCUACAAUGUUAACCCUUGAAUGAGUAGGUGUGUCCAAACUUUUGACUGGUAGUGUAUCUACCUCAAUGACCUCGUACCUCUACACAUCCACACGGUACUUGUACCUAUGUACAGUGAGGGAAAAAAGUAUUUGAUCCCCUGCUGAUUUUGUACGUUUGCCCACUGACAAAGACAUGAUCAGUCUAUAAUUUUAAUGGUAGGUUUAUUUGAACAGUGAGAGACAGAAUAACAACCAAAAAAUCAAAAAUGUUAUAAAUUGAUUUGCAUUUUAAUGAGGGAAAUAAGUAUUUGACCCCUCUGCAAAACAUGACUUAGUACUUGGUGGCAAAACCCUUGUUGGCAAUCACAGAGGUCAGACGUUUCUUGUAGUUGGCCACCAGGUUUUCACACAUCUCAGGAGGGAUUUUGUCCCACUCCUCUUUGCAGAUCUUCUCCAAGUCAUUAAGGUUUUGAGGCUGACGUUUGGCAACUCGAACCUUCAGCUCCCUCCACAGAUUUUGGGAUUAAGGUCUGGAGACUGGCUAGGCCACUCCAGGACCUUAAUGUGCUACUUCUUGAGCCACUCCUUUGUUUCCUUGGCCGUGUGUUUUGGGUCAUUGUCAUGCUGGAAUACCCAUCCACGACCCAUUUUCAAUGCCCUGGCUGAGUGAAGGAGGUUCUCACCCAAGAUUUGACGGUACAUGGCCCCGUCCAUCGUCCCUUUGAUGCGGUGAAGUUGUCCUGUCCCCUUAGCAGAAAAACACCCCCAAAGCAUAAUGUUUCCACCUCCAUGUUUGACGGUGGGGAUGGUGUUCUUGGGGUCAUAGGCAGCAUUUUUCCUCCUCCAAACACGGCGAGUUGAGUUGAUGCCAAAGAGCUCGAUUUUGGUCUCAUCUGACUACAACACUUUCACCUUGUUCUCCUCUGAAUCAUUCAGAUGUUCAUUGGCAAACUUCAGACGGGCCUGUAUAUGUGCUUUCUUGAGCAGGGGGACCUUGCGGGCGCUGCAGGAUUUCAGUCCUUCAAGGCGUAGUGUGUUACCAAUUGUUUUCUUGGUGACUAUGGUCCCAGCUGCCUUGAGAUCAUUGACAAGAUCCUCCCGUGUAGUUCUGGGCUGAUUCCUCACCGUUCUCAUGAUCAUUGCAACUCCACGAGGUGAGAUUUUGCAUGGAGCCCCAGACCAAGGGAGAUUGACAGGUCUUUUGUGUUUCUUCCAUUUGCGAAUAAUCGCACCAACUGUUGUCACCUUCUCACCAAGCUGCUUGGCGAUGGUCUUGUAGCCCAUUCCAGCCUUGUGUAGGUCUACAAUCUUGUCCCUGACAUCCUUGGAGAGCUCUUUGGUCUUGGCCAUGGUGGAGAGUUUGGAAUCUGAUUGAUUGAUUGCUUCUGUGGACAAGUGUCUUUUAUACAGGUAACAAACUGAGAUUAGGAGCACUCCCUUUAAGAGUGUGCUCCUAAUCUCAGCUCGUUACCUGUAUAAAAGACACCUGGGAGCCAGAAAUGGGGUCCUCUGUAGCUCAGCUGGUAGAGCACGGCGCUUGUAACGCCAAGGUAGUGGAUUCGAUCCCCGGGACCACCCAUACACAAACAAAAAUUAUGCACGCAUGACUGUAAAUCGCUUUGGAUAAAAGCGUCUGCUAAAUGGCAUAUUAUUAUUAUUAUAGAAAUCUUUCUGAUUGAGAGGGGGUCAAAUACUUAUUUCCCUCAUUAAAAUGCAAAUCAAUUUAUAAAUUUUUGACAUGCGUUUUUCUGGAUUUUUUUGUUGUUAUUCUGUCUCUCACUGUUCAAAUAAACCUACCAUUAAAAUUAUAGACUGAUCAUUUAUUUGUCAGUGGGCAAACGUACAAAAUCAGCAGGGGAUCAAAUACUUUUUUCCCUCACUGUAUAUAACCAAGCUAUCAUUGCUCAUUGUGUAUUUAUUCCUUGUGUUACAAUUAUUUUUCCAUUAUUAUUAUACAAAUUAUAUUUAUUGUAUUCUGCAUUGUUGGGAAGCAAUUCGCUGUUGUUUACGAAGCAUGUGACAAUUACAAUUUGAUUUGAUUUGAUAUUGUAUGUGUACAUGCUCGUCCAUAUUGCACUCAGACACACUGCACACUGUCCAACUGUAUUCUGUUCUUACUGCCUCACAUCUCUGACAACAUUGCCACUGUCACUGUUAUUGAAACUACAGAUCUGCUAUCUUAAUUUGAUCAGUCUGUUGUCACAGAGAAUAUUCCUGCCCAGCAGGAAAUGCAAAUUGUAUUGUAUUCAAGGUUUAAAAAGGCUUCUAAAGUUUGUAAUUUCCACAUUAACAUGUCAUACUUGAUUUUCCCUAACAAAAAAUAUGUCAACCACUACAAUAAAUGUCCAUUAAUUAUAAUCCACAUAAAAAUUCACAUUUCCUGUUGCUACAGGAUUAUUUUCCUGCUGUGAGAAAUUAAGAUCCGUAGCACCUCAGCAGCACUUUCCCCAGUGGCACUCAGCAGUAUCUUGAUCCAACUGGCGCCUAGGUGAAGUUUCCCCUAGGUACAGAUUUCAGAUCAGUUUUCCUACCCCCAAUCCUAACCUUAAACAUUAUGUUGAGAAUGCAAAACUGACCCAAGAUCAGUGUCUAGGGGCAACUUCACCCUGCAUCAGCCCUCUGUGUUACACAGUGUCUGUUUGUCCCCCCAUGCAGCUGUUUGUAGACAAGGACACAGUGAUCAAUGCAGUCAGAGCCUCCCACGACACCCACCUGCUGAAGAUCGACAACCGUGAGGACGAACUGGUGACGCGCAGCAACAGCUGGAUGAGCGCUCUGAUGAAAUUGGUAGGCAGGGUAAUGCAUGGAAAUAGGAUGACAUAGAUUGUAUUUCUAUGGGGAAGGCAAGGCAUUGCCACAAACACUCAGUAUGACAGUUUCCAGUUUUCCACCAUGAAGAAUGUUCUAACCUUGGGGUGUUUUAAUUUGUUGUUGUUUUGUAACUUAUUCGCCUGUCAAUGCAGGUACAAGAUGAAGAGGUGAAGCGGAAUCGCAAGCGCAUCUCAGAGAUUCACAACUACAUUGACUAUGUUAGGGAUCAGCUGGAUGAGAUGCAACAUGAGCACCAUUGA